AUGGAUGCGACUUGGAUACCUUUUCAGCCGAAGAAUACACAGGCAAACACACCGCCACUAUUGGUGAAAUUUGUGUUCACCCGUAGUAGCUACUCCAUAUAUUUGACUGAUCUCAGCCGCAUAUGGCACGAAGACUUGGAUAGGCGUCAGGUUAUUCGCCGAGCUUUGAACGAGAACACGAGCAUCGACCCAAGCGAAGACGCCAACCAGCUAUGGAUCCUGUUGGAGAAGAUCCGGAGUGCCGUGCGGGGAGUAGAGGAGACAGCAUGUUUUCUCGAGAGUCAACAAAGUCACGGAAAGGGGUUGCUUCUACGCGUAACGGCUCCGCUACCGCCUCCGUUAGGAGCCCUGCAAUGGCCGAUUCAUCUCGCACUUUGUUCACAAGACACGUUAAGACAGGAGCUAGUUUUACCGCUUUUUGGCCUGAUCUACCACCAGAAGCAGCGUUCGGAAGACUUGCUCGCCCGGUUGGGCGAGAAGGAUCACGUUAUCAGCAAAUUGAUGGACAAACUUGAAGCUUCCGGCAUGGAUAUAUCAAGCGUCUUCCCUAGUGCUGCGGCCAUUAAGGCGUCGAGGAAACUGAGUCAGCGGGAACAAGCAGCUACACAGGUCAAAGGUCUGGCGAAGUUCGAUUUACAGCAUUGGCAGCUGAAUUCGAACCCGCAGUCCAUUGAUAGGAGCGCGGUGCUUGAUAUGAUGCAUGAUGAUCUGCUGCAACGCGACUUUAGCCGUCUAAAUCCGAGUAUAGGAGAAGUGUUUUCAAGCGAAUGGUGGAGCAACCUUAAGCCAACGCAUGGGAAUUUAACCAGCUCGCAGGCUUCACGAGAAUGUCAUUUUGCCAUUAAGAGAGACGAGCAGAGUCGUCGUGUGCAUGGAGACGAAGUUGAGGAUAACGGCUUCCAGAAACAGACAACACCGCCUGGCUUGAAGAAGCGGCACGCAAAUGGAUAUUCGGGCUUGUCGAGGACAGAAGGCCCCGAUACACACGAGGAAGCCGACAAUAAGGAUGAUACUACCGACGAUGAUGAUCUCGAUACUCGAUCUCCCCCGGACCGUCGAAAGGGAACAGUAGACCUCGCAAAGCGCAUUCCUCCAAGUGUGGCGCCAAGACCGGACUCAAGACCGCCUGAAAUCAAAGACGAUGCCAAGAAGCCUUGGACUAUCGGAGGGUCGAAAUUUAAAGCACUGCCACAGAAGGAUCAACGCAACGCUCAACCACUUAUCGUAAACCCUUUUGAGACUGAAGAUCAUUCCACAACGGACGAAGACGAUGAGCAUGCGUCCGUUCCAGUUGCUACGCCUCCGCCAACUAUUACUGAUGAUAAGGGCUCACCACGAAAGACCAAGCUGGGGCACAUAGGUGGCCAAAAGAAGAUUGCUGGCGUGGGCAGCCGCGCGGCUCCGAGCACAGCGUCUGUAUCCGUGGACGUCGCCCACGAUAGGCGAGACGGACUGUCUGCGCCGGCGCGUGGAACUGCUCGUUCGAAGUCGCCUCAGUUGCCGUCGAGCCCGAUGUCCACUAACAUCGGUGAUGCGACCGAACAGACAAGGCCGCCUUCCACUUCCGAGGCUUCAGAUAAACCUCCAGAGUCGUCCCAAGAGAGGGCAGAUCGCAAGAGGGCCGAGUUGAAGCGCCAGCUCGAGGCGAAGGCGGCUGCGCCUGGAAAGAAGAAAAGACGGUUCUGA